CAAGAAAACUCAGCCAUCCCCCAUGUUAAGCGCGUCGUUGUAUGCGCCUUCCAUCUCUUCCGUCAGCUGGAGUUUGAGCUCUUCGGUCAAACCCAUCCUCUCUUCCUCUUCCAUGGCCGCGUCUGCCGUUCGAAUUGCCAUCGUGGGUGAUGUGCAUGAUUGUUGGAACUUACAAGAAGAUUCAAAGGCACUUCAGUUUUUGCAGCCAGAUCUGGUGCUGUUUACAGGUGAUUUUGGUGAAGAGAAUGUUGAACUUGUUCAAAGUGUUGCAAAUCUUGAAUUUGCGAAAGCAGUUAUAUUGGGAAACCAUGAUGCCUGGUUUACCCAUCAAUUUGCAGGAAGCAAGAAGGAUCGAGUUCAACUCCAACUAGAGUGCCUUGGUGAGAUGCAUGUGGCUUAUCGUCGUCUAGACUUUCCUCUGAUAAAAGUGAGUGUUGUUGGUGGACGACCAUUUUCUUGUGGUGGUGAGCAGAUAUACCGAAAGAAACUUCUGUCUGCAAGAUAUGGAGUGGAAAGCAUGGAUGGGAGUGCUAAGAGAAUUAACAAAGCUGCUUUUGGCACACCGGAGGAUCAUUUCCUUAUAUUACUUGGUCAUAAUGGACCAAAAGGUCUUGGUUCUGAUAUAAAUGACAUAUGUGGUAAAGAUUGGGUAUUUGGGGGCGGUGAUCAUGGUGAUCCAGAUCUAGAACAUGCAAUGUCCAUGUUGAAAGAGAACAAGCAAGUGCCUGUUCCGCUGGUUGUAUUUGGUCACAUGCACAAAGAGCUUGCAUAUGGCAAUGGCUUAAGGAAAAUGAUUGUUGUUGGCAAUGACAACACCAUAUACUUGAAUGGUGCCGUUGUUCCAAGGGUCAAAAAGUUAGCUGACGAUGGGCACAGGAACUUCUCAUCCCCAGAGGCAAAUGGUACAAAGCGAGCCUUCACAGUGGUCGAGAUUGUUGGAGGAAGAGUGGCUAAGAUUGCAGAAACAUGGGUCUCUGUUGUGGGCGAUAGAGCCGCAUUAGAAGAAGAGCACAUUUUAUUUGAAUGCAAUUGAGAAUGAGCAAGCAAAACCUGGGGGGAAUUGCAAUCUAGGUCAAGGAAGGAUUUAAUUACCCUAAUGUCUAUUGAUAACUGAGGAGUAUGUAAUAAUAAGUUUCAGAAUAAGAAAUAAUAAGUAAUUUAUGUUGUACAGUUGUCAUUGAGACUUUUUGGUAGUUAAUUUUUUUUUUUUUUUUGGGGACCUCA